CGGAAGUUGAUGCAGAUGCGUGCAUUUUAGCACCGGUGUUUUUAUGUAAAAGUGUGCUGAAAUGCCAGACUUGGUCGAUAUGUCAGACGAAAUAGUAAACGAAGUCAUUCAAGAUGUUUUGCAAGCAGAGGCAAUACAGGAAGCAUUUUGUGGUUUCCUGGAAAAUUCCACUAAGAACGAAGAAAUGAAAAACCAGUCCUGUCAGCACACGUUUAAGUUUUUCUGGGCAUCUCGAGAUCCCUCCACAUAUGAUGGCAUCUUGAAAGCAUAUGUGUCUGCUGUGUACAAUCAAAGAAACAGCAAGCGAUCACAAAAGCUGUUUUCCAUGCUAGAGUAUCUUGUAGAAAACAGCAUUGUUUCUGCCAAACAAGUAUGUGAGGCUGUGCUGCAUUGUGACAAGCUAAAGCAUGAAAAUGAAGCAUUGUGGUGCCAAACUUUUCAGUUAUUAAGGAAGAUUGUAGGAGGGGUGGAUUACAAGGGCUGUAGGGACCUGUUUCGUCUGGUUCUUGAGAAGUGUCAGACCAUCCCUAUGUCUGCUAAUGUCUCUGCUGUAAGACAGUUAGAUGCAGCACUAAAUGUGAUAUCUUACAUUUUGGACAGAAAUGCCUGCCUACUCCCCAGUUAUUUUGCAGUCAAUGAAAUAGUAAAACUAACAUCAGAGGACAGGGGAGGAGGACCGUGGCCACACUGGAAAUUAGGGCAGAUUUUGUCUGAUUUUGUGGAAACCUUUCGUCCCACUGCACAGAUGGUCACUCUCCCAGGACGGCGCCACUUGCUACCUGUGGUAGGGCAUUCUAGUACUACUGCAAGUGCCUGGAGGUUAACUCCUACAUUGAAAUUUCCUCUUCAUGGUCCCUUACCAUAUGACAAGGAAGCCCAGGAACUUCAGACAGACUUACUGAGAUAUGUGCUGGAGCAACCGUACUCCAGGGAUAUGGUCUGUAACAUGUUGUCCCUCAAUAAACAGGUGAAGCUGAGAUGUCUUGUUCUAGAAGAGCAGCUGGUGGAGUUGAUAGUUCUGGCCAUGGAGAGAUCAGAGAGUGAGGAUACAUCAACUGAAGGGAGUGUUGUCAGUCAGUUACUAUGGCAACAUUUGUCAAGUCAACUCAUCUUUUUUGUCCUCUUUCAGUUUGCCAGUUUUCCACACAUGGUGUCAUCACUUUACAAUAAGCUGAAAGGCAGUAAGCUUCAGAAAGGCAGGAAUCAUUUGAUGUGGGUUUUGCUGCAGUUUAUAUCUGGAAGCAUACAGAAAAAUCCACUUCAAGAUUUCCUCCCAGUUUUAAAACUCUAUGACCUGUUGUAUACGGAGAAAGAACCUCUGAGUGUGCCUGAUAUAGAGAAACCCUAUUCUACACUGUCCAUGGCUGUCACCUGUAUAUGGAUCCACCUGAUAAGAAAAGCACAGACAGACAAUGUGAAACUAAAAAGACCAGUGCCAUAUACUUUGAAGAAUCAUAUGGAUUUUUUAAAACAAUGUUUAACAGUGAAGAACCAACCGAUGCCAAACUACAGAAUUGCUCUGCUGUGUAAUGCUUACAGUACCAACACAGAAUAUUUCUCUGCCCCCAUGAGCCAGCUACUGGAGAUGAUCUACGGCAAUGGUCAAAGCACGACCCAGUUGCCUGGGAACAUCACAGCCUCGGCCCCAAGUGAACCACUUCCUAUGGAUAAGCUAGACUCACUCACAGUGCAUGCCAAAAUGAGCUUGAUCCAUAGUAUUGUCACACGUGUCAUCAAGCAUGCCCAUACAAAAAAUACAGUAGCUCUUGCUCCAGCUUUGGUGGAGACAUACAGCAGACUGCUUGUAUAUAUGGAAAUAGAAUCUCUAGGAAUUAAAGGAUUUAUCAGCCAGCUACUGCCCACAGUGGUGAAGAGUCGGGCCUGGGGAAUCCUGCACACUCUGCUGGAGAUGUUUAUAUACAGGCUGCAUCACAUACAGCCCCAUUACAGAGUCCAGCUCCUCAGCCAUCUUCACACUCUGGUUGCUCUCACCAACCAAAACCAGUUACACUUAUGUGUUGAAAGCACAGCCCUGCGGCUGAUCAAUGGCUUAGGCAGUACAGAGGUCCAGCCACAGCUGUCCAGAUUCCUGCAGGAACCCAAGUCUCUAGCUCUGUUGUCAAAUGAAUCUGAGGAACUGAACCGAGCCCUGGUGCUGACACUUGCCAGAGCCAUGCAUGUCACAGGCUCUGACUCCCUGUCCAACAACUGGUGUAAGGACAUAAUGACCACCAUCAUGCAACACACUCCCCAUGGCUGGUCCAGUCACACCAUUGCCUGCUUCCCUCCUGCACUGGCUGAGUUCUUCCAGCAGAAUCCAGUACCGAGGGAGGAGAAGACCACACUGAAGAGGAUGGUGGAGACGGAGUAUAGGAAGUGGAAAAGCAUGAACAACGAGAGUGAUCUGAUAGCUCAUUUUUCAAUGCAGGGAACUCCUCCACUAUUUAUAUGCAUCAUAUGGCGCUGUCUGCUGGAGGAUGGGAGGGUGUCUACCACAGCUUACAAGGUAUUGGAGAGGUUAGGAUCAAAGACAUUAUCCCAGCAUCUCCGUACAUUUGCAGAUUAUUUAGUAUUUGAAUUUGCCACGUCAGGUGGAGGGCAACAAGUUCAAAAGUGUGUUAAUGCACUCAAUGACAUGGUGUGGAAGUGUAACAUAGUCACAAUAGACAGGCUGGUAUUAUCAUUGGCUCUGCGUAACCUUGAAGGCAAUGAAGCUCAGGUGUGCUGCCUGAUCAUACAGCUAAUACUUCUGAAGCCUCCAGACUUUACCAACAGAGUCAAGGACUUCGAAAGUGAGAACUCCCCAGCACAUUGGAAGCAGAAGAACUGGCAUGAGAAACACAUGGCAUUCCACAGGAAAUAUCCUGAGAAGUUUUAUUAUGAAGGUCUACAAGAUCUGAGCAGUCCCUCCCAGCACCAGUACCUGCCAGUGUAUUUUGGCAAUGUCUGCCUCAGAUUUUUACCUGUACUUGACAUAGUAAUCCACAGGUUUCUGGAGCUGCCCAGUGCCCAGGUGUCCAAGUCCCUGGAAAACAUGCUGGAUCACAUGGGAAAGCUGUACAAGUUCCAUGACCGCCCUGUGACGUACCUCUACAACACCUUACAUUACUAUGAGAAGAGACUCAGAGACAGGCCAGCUUUAAAGAGGAGACUUGUGCAAUCUAUAAUAGGUGCUUUCAAGGAUAUCUACCCUGCCACCUGGUGUGUGUCAGAGGACUAUGUGAGUUAUAUGCAGAGGCCAGCAGAUGACAUUGACUGGGUGCCGAGUGAGGAGUAUUACAUCAAACUGCUGGCCAGGAUUGUAGACACAAUAGCAGGGAAAACUCCUUCACCCUUUCUGAACUGUGACUGGAGGUUUAAUGAGUUCCCCAACCCUGCUGCUCAUGCUCUCCAUGCUACAUGUAUAGAGCUGAUGGCCCUCCCUGUGGCUAGUGCUACAGUAGGCUCUGCUCUCAUGGAUACUGUCCUGAAAAAUGCUGCCCAAGUGCCCAGAGAGCAAAUCAUGUCCUGGAUGAAUGCAGUGGGCCUCAUUCUCACUGCAUUGCCUGACAGUUAUUGGAUGGUCAUCAAUGAAAAGAUAUUAUUUGCUGUCCAGACACCAAUCUUAGCAAACUUCAAACCGUUUGAGAUCUUCAACUUCUCCACCAGCCAUGCAGUGUUUGGAGAAGUGCAGUGUAGCUAUGUCCUGGCCCUGUGUCAUGCCCUGUGGCACCAUGCUAGCAUUGGGCAGAUCAGUAUUCUUCCACAGUUCAUCAAGGAGCAGCUGAAGCCAGUGGUUCACACUGAGGAACAGUUUCUAUUCAUCUGCCAUCUGGUGGGGCCAUUUCUACAGAGGUUUUAUGCUGAGAGAACCAGGUGUUUGUUAGAGUUUGUGGUGGACCUGUACGAGAUACUAGAGAAAGUGGACAAGGCGUGUGAACACCUAUUUCACAUGGAUUCCAUCUCAGAUUUCCUUUAUCACAUCAAGUAUAUGUUUGUUGGAGAUGGAGUGAAGGCCGAAGUGGAUAAAAUCAUAUUCAACUUGAGGCCAGCUCUAAAACUGAGGCUACGUUUUAUUUCACAGAGAGGCAAGGAGGAAACGCCUCAACCCAGCCAGUAACAUAGCUUCAGCAGU